AUGAUCACGAGACUGACCUUGCCUAAGUAUAUGCUGCAGAAAGACUUCCAGAUUCCGGAUGCACUGGCCAAAUGCAUACUCGAAGGUAUGGUUUGA